UCGCGCGCCCGCGAUCAUGUGACACGGCCAAGAUGGCGGCGCCCGGCUCCCUGUGGCUCUUGGCCGUCGCUCUCCUGCCCUGGUCCUGCGCUGCCCUGGCGCUGGGGCGUCUCGACGCGCCCGCGCCCUUGCCGCUGGUGAUCUGGCAUGGGAUGGGAGACAGCUGUUGUAAUCCCUUAAGCAUGGGUGCUAUUAAAAAAAUGGUUGAGAAGAAAGUACCUGGAAUUUACGUCUUAUCGUUAGAGAUUGGGAAGACCAUGAUAGAGGAUGUGGAGAACAGCUUCUUCUUGAAUGUCAAUUCCCAAGUAACAACGGUCUGUCAGAUUCUUGCUAAGGAUCCACAAUUGCAGCAAGGCUACAAUGCUAUGGGAUUCUCCCAGGGAGGCCAGUUUCUGAGGGCAGUGGCUCAGCGAUGCCCAUCACCUCCCAUGAUCAAUCUGAUCUCCGUUGGGGGACAACACCAAGGCGUGUUUGGACUCCCUCGAUGCCCAGGAGAGAGCUCUCACAUCUGUGACUUCAUCAGAAAAACGCUGAAUGCUGGGGCUUAUUCCAAAGCUGUUCAAGAACGCCUGGUGCAAGCAGAAUACUGGCAUGACCCCAUAAAGGAGGAUGUGUACCGCAACCACAGCAUCUUCUUGGCAGAUAUCAAUCAGGAGCGGGGUGUCAAUGAGUCCUAUAAGAAAAACCUGAUGGCCCUGAAGAAGUUUGUAAUGGUGAAAUUCCUCAAUGAUUCCAUUGUGGACCCUGUAGAUUCUGAGUGGUUUGGAUUUUACAGAAGUGGCCAAGCCAAGGAAACCAUUCCCUUACAGCAGACCACCCUAUACACACAGGACCGCUUGGGGUUAAAGGAAAUGGACAAGGCAGGACAGCUAGUGUUUCUGGCUACAGAAGGAGACCAUCUUCAGCUGUCUAAAGAAUGGUUUAAUGCCAACAUUAUACCCUUCCUUGAAUGAAACCCUUGAAGUUCGUAACACAGCACAGGGAGCCCCUAACUCUUCCAAACCACAUGGGAGAGAGUUUCCUUCAUGCCCAAGUCUGAGCUCAGAUCCAGUUUGCAACUAAUCCUUCUCUCCUAUCAUCAGCUGACAUGCCCUACUUGGAAAGAUCUAAGAUCCCAAUCUUAUCCUUUGCUCUUAUCCUUUCUUGCCUCCUUUUGCCAUAUGGUGUUAAAUGCAAAUUUAAUUAGGUAAUAACCAUGGAGAUUGUUUUACAACCUUUUGUUGUGGUCAGUCAAGUUUAGUGCUAAGAAAGGCAGUCUGCUACAGGUCAAUGCCAGAACUGUACCCAGGCCCAGAGGAGACUAAAGCAAAAAGAUAGAUUCUAAGGGCAAAUAUCUUCUUCAGGAAAGUCUAGCCACAUUUCAAGCAGAGAGAAUGCUGAUGAUUUAACUAGUGCUUAGAAAAGUAUUGCUUGGAUGUUUCUGUGUAAUUUUUCUUAAGGCUGCCUUCCUCUCUGGGUAUGUUGCCCUCCAUGCUGUUUUAGCAAUAAUUAUUAGACAAAUCCCACUGACCUACCAUCUUGCCUCUGCAGCACCAUUUUGUCUCCUUUAGUAGUGAUGUAUUUGUUGCACUGUCAUAAGAGGAGGGAAGGGUUGCUUAAGAGAGGAAAUGUACAUCUUUAUAACCUAAAUAGGGGGUGAAGAAAAUGUAGGAGUGAGUGAAAAAUAAGGCAGCUAGUUCUUUCCAUUCCAUCUUUGACCAACCUGCCCUUUCUUAGCAUGACUUGUGGUCUGGAUGCUAGAUUUGGAUUUUAGAGUCUGGAUGGUAAUUGCUAGCUUUAACAUAGAACAGAAGGAACAAUAUGAAGAGACUGGGCUUUCUAACUUCCAUCCCCCAAAACUAAUUUAUCAGCAUACUCCAAACUAUUUGAUAUGUUCUGUAAGAAAAGACUUGUUUGCUCAAAAAAGCUUAGAAAAUAUUGCACACUCCUUUUCUCCUUUUGGAGAUCAACCUCCAUUAGAAUACUAAGGACUCUGAGAAUUCCUGUUAUGUAUAGAAACUAACUAUAAUCUACCAUCUCCUAUGCUGUUUGAGCAUGGAAAUCAUAGCCCCCACUCUGUGAAAAUGUAUUAACACUUUCUAUUAAUAGAAGACUGUUCUGUAGAAUGCAAGUUUGGAGAAAUGAUUAGCUAUGCUUUGAUGCAAGGACAUUGUUAGUGCUGCUAAGUUUACCCUUUAUGGUUUUUCCUUUCUCUGUUAAGCCUCAUUCUUCAACUAAAAAAUGAAGAUUAAGGACAAGAAGUGGGGGGAUGUGAAAACAGUUUUAUGAGGUUAUCUAAAAUAAAGAGUAGUUUCUUA